AUGUCCUCCCCAGGAAUUCACCUGGCUUGCCGGCGUGGAGUAGAUCAGCUCGCGAUCCGCCCCAGCAACCCUCGGAGGUCCCUUCGUGGUCGCCAGAAAACUGCUGCCCGUAAUGAGGACACAAACCAACAGAGUGUGAUUUGCAAGUCAGAUGCUCCUACAGGGGAUGUUCUGCUUGAUGAAGCUCUGAAACACAUAAAAGAGACCCAACCUCCUGAAACAGUACAAAAUUGGAUUGAACUGCUUAGUGGUGAAACAUGGAACCCAUUGAAGUUGCACUACCAAUUGCGAAAUGUCCGUGAAAGGUUAGCUAAAAAUCUAGUGGAAAAAGGUGUACUGACAACAGAAAAACAGAACUUUCUUCUUUUUGACAUGACUACACAUCCUCUCACCAACAACAGUAUCAAACAGCGCCUCAUCAAAAAGGUUCAAGAAGCAGUUCUUGACAAAUGGGUGAAUGACACCCACCGCAUGGACAAACGCUUGCUGGCACUUGUUUAUUUAGCCCAUGCUUCAGAUGUUCUGGAGAAUGCUUUUGCCCCUCUUCUGGAUGAGCAGUAUGAUUUAGCCACAAAGAGAGUGCGGCAGCUUUUGGAUUUAGACCCUGAGGUUGAAUGUAUGAAAACCAACAUGAAUGAGGUUCUGUGGGCUGUUGUAGCAGCUUUCACAAAAUAACUGUGUUUAGACUGAA